AUGGAUGCAGAAUGUGCGAUUUCGUGCGAUUUGAUCAGUUUUGAGAACAACAGCGGUGGCAUGGAAGAAGUUGAUUAUUUCCUAGCAGAUGUUGAAGUUCAUUCUGAGGGAGAAACGCAAGACUUGGGCAUGGAGCCGCAAACCCAAGACGAGGCUCGCAAAAAGCAGAAGCUAGACGAAUCAUGUACUAUGCAGCCGUCUCUGCUUGAUGGUUCUCCGGAGAGGGGCAUUGGACAAGGAAUUAUGACGGACAUUUGUUUAGGUGUUGACAACAAGUCGAUCCACAAGGAUGCUUCCUACGACCCUGCUAUCCAGGAUUUAUUUCAUGCCCGAGGGAACCGUUGGGUGCAGAAAGCAAACCGUCCUACGGCUCUUGAUAUGUGGGAUGCUGCUGAUAGCACAACUUUGAAAGAUGCCGUCCAGACGUAUUAG